GAGGGUGCAGUUUUAGGUGGAGAGUGUAUAAAUAUUUAACAAAUUUCUAUAAGAUAAAUUAUUGAAUUUUGUUGUUUCAUAAAGAUUUUUAUAGCCUCAAAUAGGUGAUUAACAAAUGGCUAAUGUGUUCGUCUUACUACGCGAUGAAAAGAAAUCGCCAGAAGUCAAUAAACGAAGACAAAUUCCUUUAUCGACAAUUCAUGAUCUGAAGACUUCGGGAUCGUCUAGCGAAUGUGAAAAAAGUUUAAUGAUGGUAAUGGACCUCAGUGCAAAAGGAUUGGUCUUUGAUCGUUCACCAAUUGAAGGAGAAGCAUUUGAGGAGUUUGACAAGAAGUUUAAACUCUUAAAGCCAUUAGAAUUGAAAAGUUCAUUGAGCGUAACGAAGAUUGAAUUCCAGAAUGUAUUGAGUCAAAUCGUGCCCUGUGUUGGAUGUCGACGAAGUGUUGAACGUCUUUAUUCAACAAUCAUGAGCAACAAUUAUGCAACAUUGGAUCCAAUAAAGAUUCGCAAUGGUGUAUUGAGUGUGUGUGACAAGCAUCUACAGUCUUCUCAAUUGAUGUGCACUUUAUUGUUCGACCACGAUACUCAGCUAAACGUUUUACUCGAAAAUCAACCGCGUAACAAGAAAAAUUCUCGAUGUAAUCUUCAUUCAUUGGAAUCCUUUCGUACACGACCGUUUUCUGAGACAUGGUUCGAGAUGUGGGAGUGCAUGAAACAAAAUUGUAAAGAGAAAAUCACGGUUGUUGAUGCACAUGAGUUGCACGCUACUUUAGAUGAAUAUUUGAAGAAGCACAAAUUUUGUCAAGAAUGCCGAACGAAAGUAGAGAAAGCUUAUACGUUACUCAUGAAUGAAGCCAAUCCAGCUAAGGAAAAAGGCUACGUUACUGCAAUUUACAACGGAAUUAAGCGGUGUCUCAAGGACAAACAUAUUCAUCUCCCCACCAAGAUUGAAUAUAUUGAUGACCUCAUUAAACGGGCUGAACCGGAAAUAAUUGGAAGUCAUUCCCGUCAUCGUGAGCGACAUGCAAAGACGAUGGAAAUUGCUCAAGAAGAGGUGCUUACAUGUAUCGGGAUGUGCAUUUAUAAUCGUUUAAAGCGUCUUCAACAAUGUGUUAAAGAAGAAGAAAAUGCUUGUCAAGUGUUGGCAGCCGUUGCUGUUCAUGCUUUAUGCCGUUCAUUUGAUACCGCUGUUGAGAACAAGAGAGGAGUGAAUCUUGAGCUCAUUUAUGAUGAAAUAUCGCGUGAAGAUCGUUUGAAGGAAGAGCAAAUAAAGAAACGUAAGAUGAAGAAGCGUAAGAAGCGUAAUGAGAAGAAAGCAAAAGAUGAUGAAAGUCAAGAAGAUUCGUAUAAUUGUGAACCUGAACCUGUGCCUGACAAGUGCAUAUGUUCUGAUCAUGAUCAUGCUCAUGUUCAUUCAGAUGAUGAUGACAACAAUCUACACUCGGAUGAUGACGACGACGAUGAUGAUGAUGAGAAAAUUGUGUUGUGCGAUGGAACGAUAAUCGAUGUGGGACUUGGACCAUCAUUGAAUGUUGUUAAAAUGACAAAAGUUAUGUCGCCAUCAUCAAAAGUUCGUCGUAAUGUUUCUUCGAAUUAUGAGCAUGCAGUUGAACGUUCGCGGAGUACUUCGGUGGAGAAUUUAGAUGUGAAAGGAAGUGGCGAUGAAGUGUUGUCGGUAAUAUCGUGUCAAUCAUGUCAUAAUGGUGAAGGUGAAUGUGCUGCUCAACGUUCCAUUGACGCUGGUUACAGUUCUGAAACGCACAACGAUGGACUUUUAUCUAAUAAUAAUUCUUCAAGAACUUCUAGUAUUGUUAGCACUCCAGAAGGGUCAGAAGUUGCUUGUUCGGAUGCUUGCUGUAAAGGCAUUGAUCAUACUCGUGUUGAUACAUUCUUAACACUUGAACAGAUGCUUGACGACGAUCAAUCCGAUGAUAAUGAAAAUGGCAUUCCGGAUGAAGAUAUUAUGGAAUUUCGAUCACGUGAUGACAUCAAACAAAAGCGUGAAGAAUUACGUGAAAAGCUUCUGAAAAACUUUAAAGAUUUAUGUGCAAAGAAGUGCAGUGUUACGGGCAUGAUUGUCGGUCAGAAAUAAUUUAAUCAUGAUUGAGAAAAAAAGAAGAAAAAAGUUUUUACUGUCAUGAUUGUCAUCACCAUUAGCGGUUUGACCUUUCGACUUGAGAUAAAAGAAAUGAAAAUAUGAAUUAACAUUCUAAAUCCAUUCACUUUUUCCUUUCUUUUCAUCUCCGUUUUUAUUUCCUUCUCAAUUUGUAAUAAUGAAUGACUUUUGUUAAAUGAUCAGAGAAAUUCGCAUUUCUGUUCUUUUGAUUUCUUCCGAUCAUUUCAUUUCAUUAUUUUUCUUAUAUACCUAUAAUUUAAAAAAUAAAACUAAAGUUUUCCUUUUUUCUUCCUUCAUUUGUAAUGUUGCAGUCAUUGACAGUAAAAUUCUUUUUCUCUUUUAAAUCCAACAGUAACAAAUUUAUGGAACUGGAUGAGAUGAAAACUUGUUUAUGAAUAAAAAUUUAAAUAAAAAAGAAUAAAGCUGAUGAUUAAUACUUAGUUGAUAAUCAAUCAAAUAUUACACAAAAUA